AUUAAGCUCUUCAAUGCCGUUUCUCAUAAUUCAAUUCCGUCUUCUUCUUCUUCAUCAGCUCACUCUCUCUCUCUAGUUGCAGGUUUCAUUUCCUUUUCAAUAUUGCAGCUGUUAGAGUCUGAGCCGUGAAUUACCAUUUUCAUACAUACAACUAGCAUUUACAUUCCCCAAUUUUGUCCCUUAUUGUAUCAACGAGGAGGAGGAGGGCCCCUCCUCCUCUCUCUCAUCCCCCCCUUCACCCCAGAAUUAGGGGUUUCCUCAUUCGCGAUUCUCAUCCCUUCUUCUUCUUCUUCGCACCACCACCACCACCGAUCAGAUCCAACUUCUCAUCAAUCCGCCAAGUCUCACAGAUUGAGAAGUACGCACGCCAACUGUUUGUGGAAUUGAACUACUUUCACAAUGAAGGAUUUCCCUUCAUGUUUCGGUGAAAAUGCAGUUCAGGUUUCCGAUUUCUCAUCCUCAUCCUCAUCCUCCGGUGCUGGUGGUGGUAGCAGCAACAAAACCGGUCAUAAUCUAGUUACUAAUGUUUACCAAUGCGAAUUAGGUCGUCAUCAUCAUUCCUGCUUCAUUACUAUUGGAUGGAGUAAGAAUUUGAUUGGUCAAGGGUUUAGCGUUGGAAUUGAUGAUACUAAAACAGAUCAAUGCCUCUGUAAGAUUGAUAUAAACCCAUGGCUCUUCUCCAAGAGGAAAGGAUCAAAAACUCUAGAAGCCUAUUCAACUAAAAUUGACAUCUAUUGGGAUCUAUCAUCCGCCAAGUUUAUUGGUUCCAGUCCCGAACCAUUUGAAGGAUUCUAUGUUGCCAUUGCCACCGAUCAACAAAUGAUUCUUCUUCUAGGAGACAUGCCACCAAAAGAAGCUUUCAAGAAAACAUCACCCACAACAACUAAUUAUGCAUAUCCUCCACCAACAACACUUCCCUUUGCCAAAAGAGAACACAUUUACGGGAAGAAGAAUUUCAGCACCAAGGUUCGAUUCUGCAGCAGCAUCAACGGUUAUCUUCAUGACCUUGCAGUCGAGUGUGACACCUCCGGUUUUGUUUCAGAUCCUUGUUUGGUGAUUCGGGUGGACAGCAAAAUCGUUAUGCAGGUGAAGCGUCUGCAAUGGAAAUUCAGAGGUAACCAUACUAUUUUGGUUGAUGGGUUGGAAGUUGAAGUGCUUUGGGAUGUUCAUAACUGGCUCUCCGGUUCUUCCUCGAAUGGAAAUGCUGUUUUCAUGUUCAAGACCAUUGUUUCGGCUGAGAAACAACAGUGGACUAGCCGUGAACUGGUGUUGUCCGACCAAGACUCGUCGUGGUCUCAAAGAAUUCUCGACACUCGAUCUCAACAAAAUCAAGGUUUCUCGUUGAUUUUGUAUGCUUGGAAGAUGCUAUAAAGAAAAUUAACCAACACUUUUAUAGUGUUGUUCUCUAUUUGUUGUAUGAAAUAGUGCCCUCUCCAUUUGUUUCUUCUUUAUUUGAGAACCAUUAUUAUUGUGCAAACAACAACAACAAACAAGGCAUAUUAUAUGUUUCCUAA